UUCAGGCGAGAUCCUCAGAUCUCAGCCUCCAGAGUAGCUAGGACUGACCCCUGUCUCUAUGCUUUUUGGGAAGAGUUUUUGCAAUGCGGGAGACAGAAGCCAUCCACAGCAGGCCAAGCGAGCCUCGAAGCUGGUCCCUGCUGGAGCAGCUGGGCCUGGCCGGGGCGGACCUGGCGGCUCCCGGGGUGCAGCAGCAGCUGGAGCUGGAGCGGGAGCGGCUGCGGCGGGAGAUCCGCAAGGAGCUGAAGCUGAAGGAGGGCGCGGAGAACCUGCGCCGGGCCACGACCGACCUGGGCCGCAACCUGGGCCCCGUGGAGCUGGUGCUGCGCGGCUCGGCGCGCCGCCUCGACCUGCUGCACCAGCAGCUGCAGGAGCUGCACGCGCACGUGGUGCUGCCGGACCGCGAUGCCCCCCAGUCCCCGGGUGAGGGCGGCCCCAGCUGUUCAGCCACCAACCUGAGCCGCGUGGCAGGGCUGGAGAAGCAGCUAGUCAUCGAGCUGAAGGUCAAGCAGGGGGCAGAAAACAUGAUCCAAACCUACAGCAACGGCAGCACCAAGGACCGGAAGCUUCUGCUCACUGCCCAGCAGAUGCUGCAGGACAGCAAGACCAAGAUCGACAUCCUCCGCAUGCAGCUCCGGCGGGCCCUGCAGGCCGGCCAGCUGGAGAGCCAGGCAGCUGUGGACAGCCUUCAGGGCGGUCCAGACCUGGGGGCGGUGGAGCUGCGCAUCGAGGAGCUGCGACACCACUUCCGGGUGGAGCACGCGGUGGCCGAGGGCGCCAAGAACGUGCUGCGCCUGCUCAGUGCGGCCAAGACCCCCGACCGGAAGGCGGUCAGCGAGGCCCAGGAGAAAUUGACCGAGUCCAACCAGAAGCUGGGGCUGCUGCGCGAAGCGCUGGAGCGGAGGCUUGGGGAGCUGCCUGCCGACCACCCCAAGGGGCGGCUGCUGCGGGAGGAGCUGGCCGCCGCCUCGUCCGCGGCCUUCAGCGCCCUGCUCAGUGGGCCCUUCCCAGCCACGCACUACAGCACCCUGUGCAAGCCCGCCCCGCUCACGGGGACCCUGGAGGUACGCAUCGUGGGCUGCAGAGACCUCCCCGAGACUAUCCCCUGGAACCCCUCGCCCUCCGUGGGGACACCUGGGACCCCCGACAGCCGCGCCCCUUUCCUGAGUCGCCCAGCCCGGGGCCUUUACACCCGGAGCGGAAGCCUCAGUGGGCGCAGCAGCCUCAAGACAGAAGCCGAGAGCCCCGGCGAGGUCCGGACGGUGCUGAAGCUGGAUAACACGGCGGUGGAACAGACUUCCUGGAAGCCGUGUGGCCCCAGUGCCUGGGACCAGAGCUUCACCCUGGAGCUGGAGAGGGCACGGGAACUGGAGCUGGCUGUGUUUUGGAGGGACCAGCGGGGCCUGUGCGCCCUGAAAUUCCUGAAGUUGGAGGAUUUCUUGGACAAUGAGAGGCACGAGGUGCAGUUGGACAUGGAGCCCCAGGGCUGCCUGCUGGCUGAGGUCACUUUCCGCAACCCCGUGAUCGACAGGACCCCUCGGCUGCGGCGACAGAAGAAGAUAUUCUCCAAGCAGCAAGGGAAGGCGUUCCAGCGCGCCCGGCAGAUGAACAUCGACGUGGCCACGUGGGUGCGUCUGCUGCGGAGGCUCAUUCCCCACGCCGCGGCCACGGGCACCUUCAGCCCCGGCCCCGCGCCCGGCUCCGAGCCCCGGCCCGUGGGUGACAUCUCCAUCGAAAAACUCAACCUCGGAGCCGACUCGGACAGCUCGCCCCAGAGGAGCCCACCGGGCACCCUGUCCAGCCCAUCCAGCCUGGGCUCCCCGAUCCAGGAAUCUAAUACCACUCCUGAGCUGCCUUCAGAGACCCAAGAGACCUCAGGCCCCACCCUGUGCAGCCCUCUGAGGAAGUCCCCGCUGACCCUGGAGGAUUUCAACUUCCUGGCGGUGCUGGGCCGGGGCCACUUCGGGAAGGUGCUGCUGUCCGAGUUCCGGGCCAGCGGAGAGCUGUUCGCCAUCAAAGCCUUGAAGAAAGGGGACAUCGUGGCCCGAGACGAGGUGGAGAGCCUGAUGUGCGAGAAGCGGAUCCUGGCGGCCGUGACCCGGGCCGGCCACCCCUUCCUCGUCAACCUCUUCGGCUGUUUCCAGACGCCCGAGCACGUGUGCUUCGUGAUGGAGUACUCGGCCGGCGGCGACCUCAUGCUGCACAUCCACAGCGACGUGUUCUCCGAGCCCCGAGCCGUCUUCUAUUCCGCCUGUGUGGUGCUCGGCUUGCAAUUUCUCCAUGAGCACAAGAUCGUCUACAGGGACCUGAAGUUGGACAAUUUGCUGCUGGACACCGAGGGCUACGUCAAGAUCGCAGACUUCGGCCUCUGCAAGGAGGGGAUGGGCUACGGGGACCGGACCAGCACCUUCUGCGGGACCCCGGAGUUCCUGGCCCCCGAGGUGCUGACCGACACAUCGUACACGCGCGCCGUGGACUGGUGGGGGCUGGGCGUGCUGCUCUACGAGAUGCUGGUGGGCGAGUCCCCGUUCCCCGGGGACGACGAGGAGGAGGUGUUCGACAGCAUCGUCAAUGACGAGGUCCGCUACCCUCGCUUCCUGUCUGCAGAGGCGAUCGGCAUCAUGCGGAGGCUGCUGCGGAGAAACCCGGAGCGGAGGUUGGGGUCCAGCGAGCGAGACGCAGAGGACGUGAAGAAGCAGCCCUUCUUCAGGACCCUGGGCUGGGACGCCCUGCUGGCCCGGCGCCUGCCCCCACCCUUUGUGCCCAAGCUUUCGGGGCGCACGGACGUCAGCAACUUCGACGAGGAGUUCACGGGGGAGGCCCCCACGCUGACCCCGCCCCGCGAUGCGCGGCCCCUCACGGCCAACGAGCAGGCGGCCUUCCGGGACUUCGACUUCGUGGCGGGGGGCUGCUAGCCCCUUCUCCCGCCCCCGCCCCGCCCCGCCCGCCAGAGCUCUUAGUUUUUAAAAAAUGGCU